AUGGCUCCCAUUGCACCAUCUCCGCCUCAAGCAGGGCCUUCAUCAUCCCUAUGUGAAGUCGGAAACUCGAGGCCUGUGGCCGGCCUGAACUGUACGUAUGAGACGAGUGUCAAGAUCACCGUCACAGAGGCCUAUCUACGAGAACUCGAAGCUAAGGCUAAAGCGUAUGAUGACUCGCUUCUUCGGCAGUCUCAGCUACCAGCUCCGAUCCCUGGAAAAGCGCCUGCCCACCGCAUCUCAGCCGAAGAGCACGAGGAAGGAUUUGAAGAUGAACAUCCCUUGCUCGAGCCGUUCAAUCAGAUGAGCGUUCACAAGCCCUCGACAAGCUUCAAGGGCCCUGGUAAUUCGGACAAUUUUCUACGUAGUGUGAGAAACCUUUCAGGUUUCUACGGCGACGACGGGAGCCUGGACGCCAACACAAACUUUUACGAGCCAAGUGCCCUACCUUCAAGACGUGAAAAAGCGAGGACGCAAGUUCGACUCCCGCCUAUAGACAUUGCCCGACGACUAUUUGCCGCACAGUAUACCUAUAUUGGGACGAUAUUCGCCUUCACGGAUCCUAAAGCCAGCUUCGAUCACUUGCUCAUCGAGGCGUAUCGAGGUCCUCCUGAUCCCUCUGACAGAGAAGCAUGUUUGUCAUACGCAAAGGUCCUCAUCAUUUUGGCUUUCGGUCAACUCUACUCUGUCAACCAAUGGGUCGAUUUCAGGGGUCCGCCAGGGUUCGACUACUUCACGCAUGCCUUGAACCUAUUACCCGAUACCCAUGAAGAAGGAUCGUUGUUGUGCGUGGAAACACUGGCCCUCAUCGGGUAUUUCAUGCAGAACAUGAACCGUCGUGAUGCUGCGUUCUUGUAUACCGGUAUGGCUCUUCGCAUGGCCAUCUCGCUUGGGCUGCAUCAUGAAGUCGGAUUUAGUGCGGCACCACAUGCUUUGCAGGGUCAGGAUAACAACCCGACCGCCUUGGAUAAUGCGACACGCGAACAUCGUCGCCGAGUUUGGUGGUCUGUGUAUAGUCUAGAUCGCAUCCUAUCGGUCAAAUCGGGAAAUCCCAUCACCAUCCAAGACGAGGAUAUCGGCGUCGACCUGCCUUCGAGACUCCAGACGGAAGCAGAAUAUUGCCCAGCAGUGGUGCUUCGGCAUUAUACCGAGCUCUCAAAAAUCCUCGGUGAAAUCCACAACGCCAUCUAUCGUAAGACCAGCAAGACAGCGCCUAAAUCUGGAAAACGCUUAAUGGCAUCGGUUCAGAGCAUCGUUCUCAGCCUGUCUAAGUGGAACAGCAACUUACCAGAUGAGCUUCGGUUUGACCCUGCUCGGCUUAGCAUUAGCCGCGAGAGCGUCAGCACCUUUGCGCAUUACUAUCAGUGCAUCAACAUGACUGCGCGGCCCUUGCUCUUCCACGUUGUACAGAAGCGACUCCAAAAGAUCCGCGCCAGCAGCGAUGCAGGAGAGAAAGAGCGAGGCUGGAAAGAGGGCUUGUCCCAAACGACUGUCAGGGUUAUCGACAUGUGCAUCGGUGCGGCGCAGGACACUAUCAACAUCAUGACCGUAGCUGCACAGAGAGAUCUUGUUGCAACAUAUGGAUACAUGGACGGAGAACAUGUCUUCUCAGCAUCCAUCGUUCUCGUCAUGGUUUGCGUCGCCUUCCCGACAGACCCGUCCAGCAUCAUGGCGAUGAACGCCGGUCUCGAUCUCCUCCGAGGCAUGGGCGAGCGAGGCAACAGCUACAUGGGCGCCCGCUACGAGCUCCUCGCCAACCUUCGCUCGGCCGUCAUGUCCGGGACAAACGCCCACGCCGAACCUCUGCCUCCGUUCCCGACAAGCUUCUCGACGACGGAAUCGCUAGUGCUGGCAGGAGCAGGAGGAGGGCUUCUUCCAAGUACACAGCCGACUAGUAGCAGUAGUGUAAUUCCCAUGACUAUGGGCGACACUCAAGGAGGAGGCCACAUGGCGAUGCAAGGCGUGACGGGUCAGCAGCGGGUGACGUUUCCCGUCGUCGACAACAGCUCCCUAGGUGAACCCUUUUUCGAUGAGAGCGUGAGCACGGUGAUGGACUUUGGGCUCUGGGAAGAAGGCUUUGCCGACCCGGCGAUGGACGCGAGCUUUGACUUUUCGCAAUGGACUCACGCGGCUGGCAUGACUCAGGCUGAUGAUAGGAUGGACGUGUGA